AUGAUACUGGGUAAUUGCGAUCCGCAAGGAUCAGUCGACAAUGUGAAGGGAAUCCUCUCCGAGAUGGAGAGCUCACUUCUUCCGACCAGUGGCCUCGUAGAUAACGCAGUGCUCGAGGUCCUAGCCGUUCAUCCAGAUCCGCUAUUGCGCCAGAGCACAAUACAGAAAAUGAGAAGAGAGUGGGCACCGAUGUCUCCACUCGCCCGCCAGAACAAUGUCGCAGCACUAAUCCGCGAGGGCCAACUUGAGGCUGGUCAGGGAGAACUGGCUCAACUCGAAAGCGACAGCAUCGAGAUCCCUCUUUGGCUGCGGACGGUCCUCUGCCACGCCAUGUGUCAGGAAAAGGAGUUCGAGUUGCUACUGCACAUCUUCUACGAUUAUCACGAUAGACACAUUGAGCUACCACGCCCUACUUGGCUGUACAUUCUCCACGAAACUCUGGCGGCAGGUCAUCUUCCAACCACGGAUUGGAUCUGGCAGAAGCACGUGGAGCCGAUGUACAUUAUGCCAGAUGCAGAUUGCUGUAUUCGCACGCUCACGCUCGCAAUUCGAGAGCAGCAUCUUCAACUAGCAGACAACGCGCUUGAGGUCCUUGAAAGCAUUGCACCAGAGCAGGCCAAGCAUUGUCGAGAUACCGUGGAGUCAGCCUACAGCGCCACCGGCAAGGUAAGAGCCAAGACUCCUCGUUCGCGCAGCUUAGGCGCUAGAGAUGCGCCCACUAAAAAGGUUCCUGAAUCCGGCUCGCCAGGAGCGUAA